AGAAGACGAGGCCACCGCUUCGGAUUGCGACUGUGGCUGCGGGGUGUGUCUGAGUACGCUAGAGCCUUCAUGUGGUGUUGCGGGUAGCGUUAGGGCGCAGGCGUGGGGUUCACUGUCUCUGCUACCCCAGUAACUCCCAAGACCAGCCUCGACAUGGCUGGCCUGCUCCCCAGCACCACUAGCCUCGGGCCCUGGCCACAAUCCCGCCCCAUUUUCCAAGGCUGACCAGUCUAGACUGGGGUAACACUCCUGCCGGACUGUGCGUUUGCCCUGUGCAACGCGCUCAGCCCUUAGCGCCCAGGUCCCGGGCCUCCUGCGGGACUAAUAACAAGUGAAUAAAUGCAGCACUCGUCAGUGUGUGGAUCAGCGGCACAAAUAUAGGGGUGACUCCUGCAUGCACAGUGUCUUAGUUGGAUUCACACCACUGUAUUCUGAACACAUGUUUGCAUGUCCGUACUCAGCUCUGCUCCUAUGAGACCCGCCACCCUCAUCAGCCUUUGGGCAAAGCAGAAAACCUUUUUGGUUAGUUUCUUUCGCCUUCUUUUUUGCUGAACUAGCCAACCAGACUUUAGUGCCUAGUGCCUCGUAUUAGGACUGUGAAGCAAACAGUCCUGGCUCUCUAGCCAAGUCCCUUUCAAUCAUUAAGCACUGAUCCUGAUUCAGGGGCUUCAUAUCGAGGACUUCCUCUCUGAAAUCCACCGCGGAGUGGCAGAUAGGCGAGGGUUAGCCAUCUUCUCUAGAAAGCGAAUCUGAGGGACAGAUAUCCUAGGAGAUAAGGAGACUGCUCCGGCAAAGAAUGAGCAAGUACACGGACAAGUGUUUAGGAGGGGCCGGUCAGGAUCCCCGAGGGUAAAAGGCCCCAGAUGCAGUACAGAGGGGACCAACAGUUCCCCGCCGCAAAGACCCUACAGCAGGUUGCACUGAGGCUCUGGUUGGCGAAGCCGUGCCCAGCCACUGCCCACUUCAGCUUCUGCCGGACCAUCCUGGAGCACACAGUAUCAGCUGAGAACAUUCCCUGCCAUCUGCCUCGGACACCAGGCAACAGCCUCACCUGGCAUGACUCCCGUGGCCAGAGGGCAUCCAGCAGCAGGCCAAUCAAGCUCCUACAGCAGCCUGGCUCAGAGACUCCCCAGGCCCGGCUGUACUCUGAUCACUAUGGCUUGUACCACACAAGCCCCUCGCUGGGUGGCCUGACACGGCCUGUGGUCCUAUGGACCCAGCAGGAUGUCUGCAAGUGGCUCAAGAAGCACUGUCCUCACAACUACCUCGUCUAUGUUGAGGCCUUCUCCCAACAUGCCAUCACUGGCCGGGCUCUUCUUCGACUGAAUGCAGAGAAGCUGCACCGGAUGGGGUUGACACAGGAGGCCCAGAGACAGGAAGUGCUACAGCAGGUGCUCCACUUGCAGGUUCGUGAGGAGGGGAGGAGCCUGCAGCUGCUCAGCCAAGCUUCCUUCGGAAAUAUGUCCUAGCUGCUGCCCAGGCUUGGACCCCAGACCCCAACACUGUGACUGGAGCUCAUGGCCAAGAAUGAGGCAUAGCUGGCCCUACAGCCCCUUUGGAUCCUGCAGAAUGCUCUAGUGGCUAGUCUGACCUGGUGAACAGGCCAGGAACAGGACCACACCCUCCAGGCACCUCUGGUUGGGUACUCAGGCUGUGCUGAGAAAUGGUUGGUUGGAUGCUGCCUUGAUGUAGCCCCUCCUUCUGGGACCCAAGCCCAGGUGCACCCCCUGGUGCUACUGGCAGCAGUGGGGCAGCUGCCUGGAACCAGACUGGGGUUUGAAUGUCCCUAGACUCCCAGGGAGUCUGUUUAUUUAUGUUUCUUUCAUGUGUCUAUUCUCCAUCCCUAAAGCCUUCCAGUUCUGUUCUUCCCAGGCAUCACCAAGAUCAGCCACACAGUGAGGCAAGCUGCCUUGGUUCUCUUUGGAAUGUCCCUCCCAGGGCCCAGGAGUCCUGACUCAUUGCCACGGUGAUGGUCAUCAGCACCUGCCUGGCCUUAGCAGUGUGCCAAGUGCUUCAUGCAGUACCUAUGGAAUGAGCAUACCCUAUCCACUUAUGAGAACUGAGGCUGAGAAGGGUCUAGGAUGAACAAGUUCAAAAGACGAAAGUGGCAUAACACAGUCUCCAGCCCUGUACAGAUGACUCCAUGUAUAGCCAACAAUUCAGCAGUGCUCCCAACAUUGUUUCUGGGGAAGUUUUACUUUUAAGCAUUUUCCCUAUCCCUUGGUAUUUGGAGACCACCUUGGAGAAACAGUCCCCUCUCUCUCUCUCUAGACUGUUUGAGGGCUUCAACAUGUGACAGACACCUAACAACUCCUCCAUGGGUGGUGGGUGGCUGGUGCUGCUGGGUGGAGGGGCAGUGAGGGUGGCCAUGGCAGCCCCCCUUAUUUUGCCCUCUCCCAAUUCCCCCAAGGAUUCUAAUCUCAGGGACAGCAGAGGCUGAGCCUCUAGUCCCCUCCAUGUGCCCAUAGCUGGCCUUGGAACUUGAGUUUGCUCAUUGCAUGGAAGUCCUGAGUGAAAUCUGACAACUGUCCUGAUACCACCCCAUCCCUUGUGUCUGCCUGCUUCUAGAGUCCCCACCCACCUGGUGCCAGAGGGCCAAUUCCUGCCUACUUUCUCUAUCCUCUGUCUUGCCUACCCCAUGCUCCUGUCCUAUCUUCCUUGGUUUUCACUCAUUUUUUUAAUAUACCCUGACAAAAAAACAAAAUAAGAAAUAAACCUGGUUUUCAAGUGCC